UCAUGCGGGUCUGGACCCGCACACAGUCCCGAUGUGCAGCUGAUCCCAGGCUGAGAUGGAGCAGGAGGCCGAGGGGCUGAGCCAGUGGCAGGCGGCUCAGCACCGGCUCGGGGAGGAUACUGAGAAGUUAAUGUCCAUCUUGGACGUGUCUCCAUCUCCGGGAAGCAGUGGAAUGCACCCCUCUUGGAACAAUGGCCCACCGGUCAUUCAACAUGUCCCGCAGUGCACAGAGCUGGGGAGGAUCCCCUUGGUCUUUGCUGAGGCACCCAGGCAGAAUGAGAGUGAAAUGGGGCUGCAGUUUAGUAUGUCGCUGCCUGAGCAUGGUGUGAGCUACUGCCCCCAAGUGACUCUCACUCCUUCCCAGAUGACUUACUGUCAGGGAAUGUCUCCCUCCCAACCAAGAAUGAUGACUUUCAAGGGACUCCAGACAAUGCCUUUAGGAGAGCCCAGUAUUCCAGGGGUGGCCAGGACCUUUGAUGGGAAUCUAAGGAUGUCCCCCAAUGGGCCAGUCUCAGCUCCCAGUGGAACCUCAAUGAUGUCCCACAUCACGGCAUCAACAAUGCCUUAUUCUGGCCCCCCAACAGUACCUUCUAACAGAGACUCCUUAACACCUAAAAUGUUAUUGUCCCCAACCAUGCCUUCCACUGAGGCCCAAGCAGCGCUCCCCUCUUUGGCUCAGAUGUUACCCCCUAGAGAUCCCCACGACCUUGGAAUUCCCCCAACUGGCUCCCCAACAUUGCUGGCUUUCAAAUGCCAGGACUCUCUUGUGAGCCAGCCAGCCUCCCAGGAAGACCUCUUCCUACCCAAGCAGCCCUUUCCUGCUCCACAGAGAGCAGAGCAGAAUUUCAGACCCCAGGAAAGGGCUCCCAGGAGGAGAUCCCCGGUUUCAAGGCCUUACCACUGUCAGUAUGAGAACUGUGGAAAAGCAUAUACUAAGCGCUCCCACCUCGUGAGUCACCAGCGCAAACACACAGGUGAGAGGCCCUAUAAAUGCAUGUGGGAAGGCUGUACAUGGUCUUUCUUUCGUUCUGAUGAGCUUGGACGACAUACGCGGAUACACACCAGAUAUCGACCAUAUAGAUGUGAUCAGUGCGGCCGACAAUUCAUGAGAUCUGACCAUCUCAGGCAACACCACAGGACUCAUCUGCAGAUGCUAGGAUCCACAGACCCACAGGCCAACAAUGGACAGAUGGCUGGUCCUCCUGCUCCUGGUCUUUAGGUCAUUCUCCUCUUCCUCUCAUUUUGGCAUGUCCACCCAGAUCCUGCCUGCCUCUGACCAGCUAGUCCCUUUGGUAGGUGUAGGCUUAGAUGAAAACAGAGAUUAUGAGGCAGUGUUGAAGCCCACAUGAGCUCUGGACCCAGUCAGGGACUCCUCAAAAACUGUCUUCUGCCGAGUUAGCCACGUGGGAAGAUGAAGCAAAGUGGAGAUUGGGAGCUUUAUUAAAAAGCUCUUUAUCUUAUGUCACUCCCCAGCUUGAAACCCUGUAGUGAUUCUCCUUUGUCUGCUACAUAAAAUCCAAGUGCCUUGUCUUGGUCGUCCACAAU